CUUUUAACCAAAUGCUUGUCCGCGCACUUGUCCAUGCAAGGUGGCAAGAAACAGCUACCCUGCGCAGAUUUAUUCGGCGUCCAGGAUGUACAAGAAAUUUGACCUCUGGAACUGAUGAAUCCGCGAAAAAGUCAGCGAACACACCUGAUGAGUUGACAUUACCGUUCCUGCAGCGUCCGCUAGGUGUGAAGGAGAGACCUUCGCCUGUCCUAAAAACAUGGGCGGAUACCAGGGAGGAGAUGAUGAAUCAGGAGACGCGUUUGGCACAAAGAGAGCACCUGAUGAAAGAAGCCACGAAGGGCUAUUUUACUGACCUCAAUGCAACGAGGAGGCACGGUGGCAAGACGUGGAUAGCACCCAAUGUGAUGAUUCGCGAGGACAAAGCACUUUAUUUCCCAAACAUCGUCGGGUCGAGCCUGGAUACGAAAUCCAAGAAACACACCUCCAGCAUGUGUGAAGGACGUAUCUCCGUGGUAUCUAUGUUAUCGACGAGGAUGUCAGAGAUACACGUGAAUGGUUUCACAACACCAACAAAUGAGAGGUAUCUCUCGAACCCACUGUACCAAUAUGUGCAGAUCAACUUGCAAGAGAACCUUUUAAAGUCCUUCCUCGUAUCGUUAUUUCUUUCAUCGAUAGCCAAGUCGGUCUCCCCGGAGCUACACUCAACGUACUUGGUGUCGAGCCAGAACAUGGAGUUCGUGCGCGAGCACCUUGGUAUGGUGAACAAACACGUCGGGUACGUCUACCUUGUGGAUGACAAUCUCAAGAUUAGGUGGGCUGGCUGCGCAGAUGCCAAGGUAGAGGAAACAAAUGCGCUUGAGCAAUGUACGGGAGUGCUUUUAAGCAGGCUAGACAAGAAAAUAUCUGCCAAAAUUCCACGAUAGCUCCACGUACGAUAUAGUACUAGAUGACCAUAUCGUGUCAAGCACCCAUUCGUUAUUUACAUUAAACAGCAUGUCUUCUUCACUGGCUAAAAGUCUGGCUGGUUGAAGAAUCCUGCAAGUGAAAGUUGUUUGUCCAUGUUGGCUACGUGUCGUGUAAUAGCAAAAUCCUUU